GGUAGCCUGCAUGCGUCCAACUAAAUGUCAAACAAUUCAUAAUAUCUGUUAAAUUACAGGAUUAUUCUUGAGCAAAAGCAACAGAUAUCUUUACUUAUAUUAUUGAAUAUCAAUAAUGUAAAAUAUGUUGUAGGACUAAUCUACGUUCAUUCGAUCAAAUGUCGGGUUAUCUGCCCAUGGGAAUACGACACCUGGUUAUUGUUAUGAUAGUACGAAAGGUGCAAUUCUGAAUAAGUUUAUAUAGAUCUCGUAUCUUGAAAUAUGGAAUGUCUUUUAUUACAUUUUUUACAGUUUUCAGUUACAUAAGAAAUUAAAUCCUUGUGAAAUUCGUAAGGAUAAAUGACACAAUUUUGAAGAUGUGAAAACUUCUGUGGUCAUUAUGGAUAAAAUUAUAUUUGGAUUUAAAUUCUGUAUAUUCUUUAAAUGAUGGGCGCAAAGGAGGAUCCAGAAGAAUUCGAGGAGGAAAUUCAGCCAGAUAUGGAUUCCCAGGUAAAACGGAUACAGGACUCAUUGCAAACCAUUAGAAACGUUAAUACUGACAGUAUGGCGAACACAUCAUCAGGAAAGGAAAAAGAUAAAAAGAGCAAACGAAAACUCAAGGAUAAGGAAAAAAAGGAAGCCGUUGCCUUGCUUGGUGGGGCAGGCAGUAAGCCACCUAAGCCAUUAAAACAUAAACGAGCCAAUUCCAUGGACAUGAACCAUCGGGACGAUGGUUACGUGAAGCAUAAAGAUCCUCGGCUGUACAGGAGACAGUCUACAACAGUGGAAAUACAAACACCAUGUUUUAAAUGUCUCAGAAGUGCUCUACAUUGUUAUAAUAUUGUUGUUUUAAUAAUGGGAUGUGGAGCUUUAGCUGUUGGAGUGUGGUUGUUAGUGACAGACUUUAGUGCAAGAGAAAUUUCUGUUAUAGUUCAUACAAAUUUAUUUGAAAUUGGGACAUAUUUAAUAUUAGGUGGUGGAGGACUGAUAGCUUUGUUAGCAUUCUGUGGCUGCUGUGGAACCAUGAGGGAAGAUAAAUGUAUACUUGGUUUUUAUGGAGUAGUUUUACUAUUAGUUUUGUGUGCUCUUUGUGUUGGUGGAGUUCUUGCAUUUACAUUCAAAGCAACGUUAAGAGAUGACAUGUCACAAAAAAUGAUCAGAUCAAUCCGAUUACAAUAUGGAAAUGAUGUGAGAUCCAACUCCACAAACAGGCUGAUUACUGACGCUUGGGAUUCCAUGCAGAGAAAGCUUGGAUGUUGUGGAGUUACAGGAAAUAUUUCAUACUCAAAAAAUUCCUGGGAAAUUUAUAGAGAUGGAAGUCAUUGGUACAGAAGUAGAACUGAGCAGGUACCAUUUGUACCAGAGAGCUGUUGUACACCAAAUGCUGAUUUAGAAAUGUGUCAGGGCAAAAAGUUUAUGGGUCCUCCAUCUAUGCCUCAUGAACCAGGACAUCCUGUAAACCCACAUUUGUAUACAGAUGGAUGUUAUGAUAAAGUGCUUCUCCAUAUACAGCAACAUUCUUUAAUUCUUGGAGCUGUAGCUUUAGCAGUUCCCUUAUUUUUGAUUGUCGGAGUUAUAAUUACAUUUUGUAUGUGCUGUAAGGUUAAAAAGGCAGAGGGAGAAUGUGAUGAAGAGAUCUUCUAAUAGUCCACUUAGAUUUAAAACCCGUCCACUCUUAAACACUGCCAUCAAUGAUAGUAUUGUCUCAAUAGCAAGCUUAAACCAUCAAAUGGACAAUCUGUUGAUUUCAAUGAUUUUUUCUGUGACUGACAAUGUUGCUUGCAUUAAAAUAGAUGAUGCAUUUUGGUGGAUGCAUUUUCACCAAAAUUUUUUAAAAGUGGAUGCAAGUGGAUUAAUUAUUUGCCAAUUGAUUAAUAUCGCAUGUGGAUUAAUUAUUUUAGAAUGGGAUUAAUAUCUCAGAAAAGAAAAAAAAAUGUGUAGUGAUGUGAAAAGUUUAUAAUAGAUAUAUAAAAAAAAACUGAAUAAGAACAUAUUAAUGCUAAGCAUUUAAUCGCAGCUUACUACAUAUGCAAAUACAUGUACAACAACAGAAGAUAGAUCAUAGUAAUAAACCUGAGUUAGAUAGACUACCUAUUCCUUUCACAAACUGUUUGAAUAAUUUAACAUUAUUCAAGUUGAUUUGAAUAGUACUACAUGCUACUGUGACAGGUGAAGAAAAUCUAUCACCAGGACAUUAUACAGUCAUUUUGUAGCCAUUUGUUGCUUUAGUGCUUUGUACAAAGGCUUUUUGUUAUUGGUUGUGAUGUGCUUAAAACAGAAGUAGUUUAAUCAGGAAGAUAUUUAUGUGGUGGAGUAAACUAGGACACAAAUAAACAUUCCAAAGUAUAUAUAUUAUUGUUUCCAAAUACUUGAUCAAAAAAUUGUUUUUAAUUGACUUGUGAAGCCAUCACAGACAUUGAUAGUAUAUGUUAGCCGUAUGAAGUUCUUAUUUGCACAACAAGUACAUAUGACAUACUUUUGUUGUGUAUUACAUGCUAUUGUUGUAUAAACCAGAUGCUGCCAUGUCAUUCCAGAGGUUUAAACCAUGUAAGCUUUGGAGAUUUUUAAAUAAUAUAUGUCUUACUUUGGCUACAGUGCAGAAGAAAUGCUGUACAAUUUUUAAAGCAAACUUUUUUAGUUGUACUAUUGAUAGGAAAGAAGUUACAGUAAAAAGUGUAGCACACUUUGUAUGACCAUAUAUGGUAUUUUUGAUUGCUGUUUAAUUUGAGUUAAAUUAACUUUUCAUGUAAAAAAAAUAGGACAAGUGUCAUGAUUACACUGUCUACAGCUGUUGGGGAAAAAUAGCUUUCUGUCCAUGUAAUGAAUAGUUUAAUCACAGAUGUACCAUUACAGAGAAACAGGGGCUCUUUUCACAAAAAAUCUUAUGAUAUAAAUGAAACAUUCAUGACUUAAAAGAGUAUUUUUUCUAGUAAGAUUUUUUGGUGAAACCAGUCACUGUUUCUUAGUUUCAUAUAAAUGGAAAGCAUUCAAUGUAUGAGAAUUCUGUGCACCUUUCUAUAUUAUAAAUGUAUAUGUGAUGCAUAUGUUAUAUUUGUGACGUGUUCCAUAUGUUACCUUUACAUAUGUUCAUAUAUUCCACAUGUUAGUCACUUAUAUGGGAAGAAUGUAAAUUCAAAGAGUAAUUGUUUAGCAAGUAGCAAUUAUAAAGAAAUUGAAAACUAUCUGUGGUUCACAAAUAUUACAAUUUUACCCAAGUAGAUGGUUUUAUAGAUACAAUAUGAUGAAAAGCUGUAAGCUACACAUUAUCUUUAUUUGUGCUGUUUCAUACAAUUUUUUGAACGAUGACUUAAAGUAGAUCUCAAAACAUUUCAUAAAGCAAUCAUUUAAUCAUUUAACAGCAAACACCAAUCUGUAAAGUUACAAUCAUUUUGUUUGAAUUUUAACAUCAACUUUCAGAAUAGACUGACCCACCUUUCAUUAAGAAUCAAAAACUGGUCACAGAGAAAUGAUAUCAUCAAGCUGGUUCCUUGUUUCAAUAUGUUGUGAAAUCAGUCAUUGUGGUGUACAUGUAUUAUAGAAAAAUUGAAAAUCAUUGUUUUUAUUUGGUUGAUAUUAGUGUAGGUUUGAUUACUGUGGAUUGAAUAAUAUUUGUGGGAUAUCAAUUGAAGUGGGUACAGGUGAACCACAAUUUGAAUUGUUCAUCACAGUCCAAUAUUUUAUAGACUUGUAAGCAGUCUUUGGCAAAACCAUGAGAUAAAAAAAUCCACGAAAAUACCAUUUUUCUUCAGACCACGAAAAUUAGUACCCACGAAAUUAAACAAAUCCACAGUAAUUCUUUAUUAUUUUGUUAAGACCAUUUUCUUUUUUUGUAAAUAUUUACUGACAGCAUUAUUUUCAUUAGAACUUUAGAAGUAAUUGCAUUGUGAAAUACUAAUAUUUACUAGUAGAUAAGUAGUCCAUAGCAUAUUUGGAUUAGUUGCAUAUUUCAUCACCUGGAUUUUUUUUUUAAAUUAGAUGUGGUAUUUUAUUAGUAUUGAACAAUGCAAUCCGAUAUGUUGAUUUUUUGAGUUUUUUUUUCUCCAAUAUUGUUUUUGAUGGUUAAUUUGUUUUCUUGAAUAGUAGAAACUCGAAAAUAAACAUUUCUAAGGUAUUAAUUAAAAAUUAGUUUUAUUUUAACUUCUGUUAUAAGAGGAUAUAUAAAAUUGAAGAUAUGGUGAUUGUAUUUUUAUUCAAUUUUGAAAUUGUUGUACAAAUAAAAGAGUAUUUAUUUAUCUAAUUAAACUUUCAACUGAAAUCAAGACAUUGGUGACAAUCUCAUCCAUGAUUAAUCCAAAUUUGAUGAAAAAUAUAUUGAAAUAUCUGCUGAGUCUUUGAAUAAGAUACUUGGCGUGUUGACAUAUAUUUAUUAUUGUUUGUCGAAAUUGUAUUGUAUGAACUAUGUUACAUCAGACAUAAAAAUAGUUGUUUUCGUGUACAGAGUUCACAUUAAGGACUACUCAUCAUACCAAACAUCUUAUACAAUAUAAAUAUCCAAACUGCAUUUAUUGUUUUGCAUUAUUCUGUUUUAAAGCUAGUCAAAUAUUUCAUUGUUCGUGAUGUUAAUAUAACUCUUAUUUCAUUUAUAAAUAUUCAACAAAAUAAAAACUGUUGAACAAUUUUCAUAAUACGCAUGUAGUAUGUUUUUAUUAUGUGAAAAAAUAAUAGUUUACAUGAGAAAAAAUAAGUCUCCUUCCUCAAAAAAAUAUUGGUCGUAUGUUUAUAUUAAAAAAUUAAGUUGUUUUUUCCUAAACUAAAUGGUUUUUAAGACUUAUAUGUGUAAAAACAAAAGAAAAGAAUAGAAAACUUUUGGAUUUGUUUGAGUAUUUUAUUUUAUUUCUAAUUAUUUUGUUUGUUUUUUUCUGUGAUACAGUGUUACCUCUUUUACUUGCCUGUUGGAUAUUACAAGUAUAUGGACUAAAUAUUGAUUUAAAUGCCAGUAAAACCUGUUUAAAUUUAUUAAGAUUUACAUUUUUUGACUGCACGAUAUUAGUCUAAAGAUUGAAUAUCUUCAUAUUUUAUUAAGAAAACUGUGAUUAGUGUAGUACAGUUGUGAACAUACGGUUAGUGAUUAUAUUUUAUUUGUUGUAUUUUUCAUUGUUACAUAUAUUUUAGAUUUAUUAUUAUUUAAUUUGUUGAUACUUAAGUUUAUAUCAGAAAGGAAGAUUUUUUUCAACCAGUAAAAACAUUUGACUUAGUCAAAGCUUUUUAAAAUUAUACUGCAUUUUAAAGAUAAUUCCCAAAGACAGCUCUAUGGGACUAUUUGAAUAAGAGAAGAUACAUUUUUGGACUAACUUGGCCCUGAAAAUAGAAAAAAGGAUCAUACCACCAUUGUUAACUUAGUUUAAUCAUCUGAAAAUAAGGCUUUGAAAGAAGUAAAUAUUUCCUCAAAUAUACUGGGACUUUAUAACAGUGUGGUGAUAAAAGAUUGACCUGAUUUAAAAAAAAAUAUGCUUAUGUUAGGAAUAUUUGGUCAAAAUUAACAUACUGUACAAUCAUUGCACUGUCAAAAAAGACUUAACAACCACCUUUUUAUUAUGACAUCAUAACUUCAUUUGGAUUUUUUUAUACAACUUUACAGUGCAGGACUGCAGUUAUCCUCAAAUGACUAAUUAAUGUAAGGCAACACAUCUGAAGAUUUUAUAAAGGUUUCUGCAAGAUUUUUAUUUCACUUUUUGCAGAAAAUAUGGUAUGAUUGUAUAAUAGUGUUGAUCACAGUGCCAUACUUUAUUCUGAGAUACUAUAUAUCAAUGUUAAUUGUUUUGUUUUCUUCUAAAUAUUGUUUUCCAAUAGAUAAAAACAUCAUUUCUUUUGGUACAUGAAUGAGUGAGUUUAGAAUUGAAUAGUCAACUUCGUGUGAAGUUAGUUUAAAUUGUUUUUUUGAUCUGAGACGGAUUAAUAUGAAGGUACAACAGCAAAUUUUAAUAUACUUAAUAUGUUCAGCAAAAAGGUCUUUAUUCAUGUUGUACUAUAAAUACAAUGAUCUAAAGAAAGGAUAAGAUGGAGGAAACAAUCCAAUAAGGUUUUUAAAGACAGGAGAUAUCAUUUGUAAAAUAUAUUCAUGUAAUAUUAGUUAUGUAAAGUCAAAUAAUUAGACUAAGAAUAUCAAAAAGAAAAAUUAUUGCUGGUAUACAUUUCUUCACAAAAUUUUAAAGUGCAUGUUCUGAAAAAAAACUAAAUUUAGUAGGAACACCUGACCUUUUAGAAUAUAUUACAGUAAAACUUUGGUGUAUAGAUAUGUUAGACAUAACUUUUUAGUUCCUGGAAUUUAAAUUCUAUAUUUUGGAACCCUCUGAACAAGAACAAAAAUUACCUAGAAAAGUUUUUGAAGAUACUUCCGGUGUUAAAGAAGGUGAAGUUCUACACUACUUAUUUAUAUAUCCGAUUAAACAUAUCUUAUUCUUUUUAGUACAAUACUACAUUUGUAUUCAUUAUUUAAAGGAUUGAUAUUGUAUGAUAUCAGGGAUGCUUUCCAAACUUACUUGCUUUACUAUUGAAUAGUAAAUGGGAUUUGAAAAGUGACUAUUGGAUUCAUUAUAUAAUAUAGUAUCAGUAAAUAUAACCAGUUUAAACUGUAUCUCAUGUUGAACAUAAUAAACGCAUAAUGUUAAUUACAUCGCAAUGUUGAACACCUUUACUGAUCCGAAUUUAUGUCUACGCAGCAAAAUUAUCAUUUUAUCAUUAGUCAUUUUAUAGAUAAAAUCACAUUCCUUUCAUAUAAUGGAAACAUGUCAUCAUUAUGUAUAAAUUCAAGAUCAUUGUACAGAAUUUUUAUCUUUGUGUAGAUAAAUCAUAUUAUUACAUUUUCCUUCUUUUUUUGUUUCUAAAAAUUAAAAAAGUUAAUUAUAAAUUGUAGUCAGAAAUAAAUGCGAAUCUUUUAAUAAUUUGUGUGAGCAAUGUCUUUUGAGUUUGAUUAUUGCCUGACUUUUGUGUCAUGAUUAGUGUAUUUCAUGACUUCUUUUUUGUAAUCAUUAUCUUAUCUUGUCAAUGAAAUAAAAAUAUUUUACUAUCAAA